AUGCCAUUGAUUACAGUCAAUUACCUUUUGUUUGACUUGGACGGGACUUUGGUGAGUUCCACCGAUGCUGCCGAUCAGACUUGGAAGGACUAUUGUGAGAAGCACGGUGUCUCUUAUGAGGAAUUGUCGAAGACAGUUCAUGGGACAAGAACAGCGGAGACCUUGGCCAAAUAUUUCCCAAAUGUCGAUAAUACCGACAACAAGGCUGUGAAAGAACUAGAAUGCUCUAUUGCUAACAAUUACAAAGAACUUGUCAGUUUAGUGCCUGGUGCGUCAGAUUUGCUCAUUUCUUUGGAUAGACCCACUGGAUCACUUCCAGGUGAAGUGUUCAAGCAUAGAAAAUGGGCCAUUGUCACUAGCGGUACUCCAUGGGUUGCUGAUGCAUGGUUUGACCACAUUUUAAAGUCUGUUGGUAAGCCAGAAGUUUUAAUUACUGCGAAUGACGUCACUUCUGGAAAACCAGCUCCAGAUGGAUACUUGUUGGCUGCCCAACGUUUGAAAGAAAAAUGGCAGGAUGACCGUAAGGAUUUACGCACUGUCGUUUUUGAAGAUGCGCCUGUUGGUGUUCGUGCUGGCAAGGCAAGUGGUUCAAUUGUUGUGGCAUUAACUACCACAUAUGAUAAGGAAUCAUUGUUUGAAGCAGGCGCGGAUUAUGUGGUGGAGGACUUGACACAGGUUUGUGUCAGGUCCAACACCACAGCUAGCACUGUUCUAAUCAUUACUGACCCAAUGGAGAGAGACGAAUAA